AAUCAGCGCUAUAAAGGUUGACAAAGGAAGAGAGAAAAUACUAAAUAGACAACACGUUCUCUUGGGCCUUCAACUUUUCUUGCCUGUAUGUACCGGGGAAGAGAGAAGGCCUUAGCUGUCUCCGUUUUAAACAGAGAUUUCUCUACCAUCUGAACUGUUCAGUAGGGUUUAUCCUUCUCAGUUAAUCUCUUUUCGGUUCCAUACAGCCAUCUCUGGAAGUGAGUCACACAGUAAAGGAAAUUAUGGAUACGUAUGCUUUGCAUUUGGCAGUGGCGGCUCUUGUUGGAGCCUCCGUGGUGGCUGUCUCGGCUUAUUAUAUGCACCGGAAGACGCUCACGCAAUUGCUCGAGUUUGCCAAGACGGUUGAUAGGGAGAUGGACAACGUCUCAGACGAUGAUUCGCCCCAGCAUUUGAAGAAGCAGCGUGGUGGUUACGCUAGGAGGAAAGGGAACGAAUAUUACCGACGGGUUUCGUCGUCUUUGCCGGAUGUCACCGCGAUCUCUGGUGGGAUGGAUUGUGAAGAGAGACGGAACGGACCCCUGCCGGUUGAUGGCAUUCCGGCCGGGUUGCCGAGGCUUCAUACUCUUCACGAAGGAAAAUCUGUGCAUGCUGGUACCCCAAAGAGAAGUCUUUUAAGACCAAAAUCUCCUAAAUCUCCCGUUCCAAGUGCUAGUGCUUUUGAAAGUGUAGAAGGAUCAGAUGAGGAAGAUGAUAUGACUGAGACUUCCAAACUAGAUUUGACAUAUCUACACACAAAUGGAAAUGCUGGCCCAGAAGGCAAAAUCCCUUAUGAGGGUUUACCUGAUCAUGCUAAUGCUAAUGGAGAUAAAGUUCCAACUGCUGCCUCCAGUAUGAUUCGUUCUCAUAGCAUUUCUGGUGAUCUGCAUGGUGUUCAGCCUGACCCAAUUGCAGCUGAUAUUCUAAGGAAAGAGCCAGAGCAAGAAAUUUUUGCUCGACUAAAAAUUACUCCUAUUGAGGCUCCAUCUCCUGAUGAAGUGGAAGCCUAUUUGGUUCUUCAAGAAUGCCUUGAAAUGCGAAAAAGGUAUGUGUUUAAAGAAGCAGUUGCUCCAUGGGAGAAAGAAGUUAUAUCUGACCCUAGUACUCCAAAGCCUAACCCAGAGCCAUUCUUUUACACCCCUGAAGGAAAGUCUGAUCAUUACUUUGAAAUGCAAGAUGGUGUUAUACAUGUAUAUCCAAAUAAUAAUUCAAAAGAAGAGCUUUUCCCUGUUGCUGAUGCAACUACCUUUUUCACUGACCUUCAUCACAUACUUCGAGUUAUAGCAGCAGGGAAUAUUAGAACUUUAUGUCAUCAUCGGCUUAAUCUUCUAGAACAAAAAUUCAAUCUUCAUUUGAUGUUAAAUGCGGAUAGGGAAUUUCUCGCCCAAAAAAGUGCUCCUCAUCGAGACUUCUAUAAUGUCAGGAAAGUUGAUACCCAUGUCCAUCACUCAGCAUGCAUGAACCAGAAACACCUUUUAAGGUUCAUAAAGUCAAAGCUAAGGAAAGAGCCUGAUGAGGUUGUAAUAUUUCGGGAUGGGACCUAUCUGACCUUGAAAGAAGUUUUUGAGAGCCUGGACUUAACAGGAUAUGACCUCAAUGUUGACCUUUUGGACGUUCACGCAGACAAGAGUACAUUCCAUCGGUUUGACAAGUUCAAUUUAAAGUACAAUCCUUGUGGUCAAAGUAGACUGAGGGAGAUAUUCCUUAAGCAGGAUAAUCUCAUUCAAGGUCGUUUUCUUGCUGAGCUGACAAAGCAAGUGUUUUCUGACCUAGCUGCAAGUAAAUAUCAGAUGGCUGAAUAUAGAAUAUCAAUAUAUGGCAGGAAGCAAAGCGAGUGGGACCAACUAGCUAGUUGGAUAGUAAACAAUGAGUUAUACAGUGAAAAUGUGGUCUGGUUAAUUCAGCUUCCAAGGUUGUACAAUGUGUAUAAAGAGAUGGGAAUUGUAACCUCAUUCCAGAAUAUUCUUGACAAUAUAUUUAUUCCACUUUUUGAGGUUACUGUGGAUCCCGAUUCACACCCUCAGUUACAUGUUUUCUUAAAACAGGUUGUUGGAUUGGAUUUGGUGGACGAUGAAAGCAAGCCUGAAAGGCGGCCAACAAAACACAUGCCUACGCCUGCUCAAUGGAUCAAUGUUUUUAAUCCAGCAUAUUCAUAUUAUGUGUAUUAUUGCUAUGCAAAUCUUUACACCCUAAACAAGCUUCGUGAAUCAAAGGGAAUGACUACAAUCAAAUUCCGUCCACACUCUGGAGAGGCUGGUGAUAUUGACCACCUCGCUGCAACCUUUCUUACUGCCCAUAACAUUGCACAUGGAAUCAAUUUGAGGAAAUCUCCUGUGCUUCAAUAUUUGUAUUAUCUAGCUCAGAUUGGGCUAGCAAUGUCUCCUCUGAGCAAUAACUCCCUGUUUUUAGACUACCAUCGGAAUCCUUUGCCAACGUUCUUCUUGCGUGGUCUGAAUGUUUCACUUUCUACUGAUGAUCCCCUCCAAAUUCACUUGACAAAAGAACCAUUGGUUGAAGAAUAUAGCAUAGCUGCCUCUGUGUGGAAAUUGAGCUCAUGUGAUUUAUGUGAGAUUGCCCGUAAUUCAGUUUAUCAAUCAGGUUUCUCACAUGCCUUAAAGUCUCAUUGGAUUGGUAAAGAGUAUUACAAGAGAGGGCCAAGUGGAAAUGACAUUCAAAAAACAAAUGUUCCACACAUACGAUUGGAAUUCCGAGAUACGAUUUGGAGAGAGGAGAUGCAACAGGUUUAUUUGGGUAAAGCGAUUAUCCCUGAAGAAGUAGACAAAUGAUGUGACAGCAGGCACGUGCUAGCAGUACUUGGAAAAAUCAAGUAAACAGGUACAAUAGUGAAUUUAACAUGUUCAUCUAGCAUCGAGGAGAUGCUAUACUUCUGAGAGCCCUGUCUAACGGAGGGCAUGUCACACGGCCACAAGCUAAUGCUGAGGCAGUUGCAGCACUAAGUUGAGUUCAAGUACCAGAUGGAUAACAGUAUUCAUGAUUCACCGCAGCUUGAUCUUUGCACUUCAAGCAAAAUGUAUAGCUACGAGUCAAUGUGGCCUUGCUUGGCCAAUUGAUUCCUUGUAUUGAUUUUGGUAGAGUUGAAAUUAGGACCGGCAGUAAUUUAUGCAUCGAGCUAAUGAUGCCUUGUACUGCUUCAAACCCGAGACACAGACAUAUAUCAUUACCUUUUGAAAGCGAGGCGAAGCUCUGAGAUUUUGAUUCUUA